AUGCUUGAGGACCUCGUGGACGAGGGCCUGACGAUCGAGGCUAUGGUUCGCCUGAAGCGCCUUCGGAUCGCGGACCAGGCGGAAGCGCUGGUCCGAAUUUCCACUGAAGCACAGACCGCGCUACUUGACGUUCUGCCCUCUGAAGACCUCGGCGCGAUAAUCGAGGAUCUUGAGGUCGAAGAGGCGGUUGCCUUUUGCGAGAGACUGGCAAUCGAUAAGCUCCCUGUCAUCUUUGACGCUGCAAGCCCGCACAUAGCGGCGGAUGUGCUCAGGGCAUUGGAGCCUGCAUCUGCCGAAGAUGUAAUCGCUGAGAUGGAGACCGCCCCGGAUGUCAUUCCUCUGCUGGAGUAUGAGGACGACGCCGCGGGCGGUCUUAUGACGCCUGAGUUCGUUGCGCUGCGCGAGACGAUGACAGUUGAGCAAGCCCUGGACUUUGUGCGCCUGUGGGCCAGAGAGAUUGGGCCUGACCCGGAGUACCUGCAUUACCUGUUCGUGGUGGAUUGGGAAGGCGCGCUAAAGGGCGGGUUGAGUCUGGCGCAGCUUGUGCUUGCAUCGCGCGGCCAGUUUGUAUCGCUGCUGAUGGAUGAGGACAUAAUCUCGGUUGGGGUGGAGACGGACCAGGAAGAGGCGGCGCGCCUGAUGGAGCGGUACGACAUAUUCAACCUGCCGGUGGUGGACGAUGACGGCAGACUGGUCGGUGUGGUGUGGCUGGACGACAUGAUCCGGGUGCUUGAUGAUGAGGCGACCGAGGACAUGUUCCGCAUGAUUGGAUUGGAUCAGGAGGAGAAGGCGCUUGGGCCAUUCUGGAGGUCUGUGCGGAACAGGUUGCCUUGGCUGGUGGUGAACUUAGGGACGGCGGUGCUUGCGGGGUAUGUCAUCACGCUGUUUCAGAGCACGAUGGGGCAGGUGGUGGCGCUUGCGGCGUUUCUGCCUGUGAUAGCGGGGCAGGGCGGAAUUGCCGGGACGCAGACGCUCACGCUGAUAAUUCGUUCGAUAACGCUGGCGAGGUGUCGCCGGCGAAUGCGCGACAACUGCUGCUGA